AUGAAAAUUGGUUAAUAUGAGAUUGAUAAAAAAAUUAUAAUCGCAAAGGGUUCUGAAGGAGAAAUAUAUCAUUGCGUUGAUGUUUAUAAAAAGGACAAGAAUUUAUGUGCAAAAGUACAUCUUUAUUCAAUUAGAUUGUAUAAAAAAUGACUCUUGAGGACUUUUAAAAAUAGAAUGCUAUUCUUUCAAAGUUAUUUUAACAUAAAAAUACAAAUUUAGUGAAACUUGAAUAUUAUGGAUUCGAUGAUUCAACACAAUCUUUAAUCAUAAUAAUGGAAAAAUGUCAGAGUACCUUGAAAGAGGAAAUAAAUAGGAGAAAAAAUGAAAAAGAUUAGUUUUCUGAUGAGGAAAUUUGGGAUUUUUUAAAAUAGUUUUUAUCAGGAUAUUAGAUUUUAUAUAAUCUUAAAAUACUUCAUCGAGAUAUCAAACCAGAAAAUAUUUUGAUAAGUUCUCAAAAGGGGUAACUGAUUUAUAAGUUAACUGAUUUUGGGAUUAGUAAAGUUUGUAGUUCAAAUUCUAUGUUUAUGACUUAGAUUGGUACUCCUAUUUAUGCCCCACCAGAACUAAAUGGAGGCCCUAAACAGGAGGGUACAACUAGCCUAAUAGAUAUAAAUGAUCCUAACCCUUAAAGCAAACGCGACAUUUAUGCUGUAUAUGCCUCCUAUAAAUUUAGCUUGGAUUAAUACUUCAUUAAAUGAUGAAUGGCGAAUUGCCAUUUGUUGAAAAGAAAGUAGCAGAAUUCAAAAAAUAAAUUGAGAAGUUUCCAUUCAAAAUGUAAAAUACAAAUCGCUGCAAAAUUUUGGUAGACUUAACUGAGAAUAUGAUCUAAUACUACCCUUAAAACAGAAUUUCUUUUCCUGAUCUAAAUUAAGUGAUUUAAAUUUCACCUAAGUAGCUAUGUGCAGUGCUUCCAACCAAAGUAAUGCCUACCAACCAAAAAGUAUAAGAUAAUAAUAAAAAAUAGCAAAUAUAUGCAUUCAAUAAUUGCAAGUCUUAAGCAAAUCUUUUCACUAAAAUUGACAAUGAUUAAACCAAAGAGGCUGCAAAAAACAUAAAUUAUCAAAAAAUACCCACUUAAAAUAUUAAUAUUACAAAUAAUCAAAAAGAUAAUUUGAAAUUUCGAUCACCAACUUAAAGCUAAAUUUUUUUAAAUACUCCUGUAAAUAAAUCAUAACUUAUUGGAAGCCAGAAGUAAAACUUAAAUAAAACAGUUUAGCACCAACAUUUCCUUGCAGAAGAAAAAUUUAGAACCUUAAACUUAGAGAGAACGAGUGUAAACUGAACAUUGUUUUCAAAGUAAAAUUAGCUAAAGGCCCAUAAAAGUUAUCGAUGUCAUAAAAUAGUACAUUCAUGAGGUUAUGUAUGAAUUUAAUAAUAAAUAGAAUUAAUUAUGAAUGCUUAAUCAGUGAGGAUAAGUUCAAGAGAAUAAAAGAGCUUAAUUUAAAUCAGUAAAUACUAUCAGAAGAAAAUGAAAAACAAAUAAAAAGCAUCUUUAGGUAUGAAAAAGGCAAGAUUAAUGAUUACAACUUCUAAGCUCUAUUGUUUUACUAUUGCUUGAAUAAUUAUAAAUUACCUCUCGUCUUUUUACCGCCAGAUGAAACAGAAUGCAUUAAAUUUAUAAAAUAGAAAAUGUAAAGUACAGUUUGA